UUAACUUCCGGUAGAGAAAGUUGUGAAAUAUUUUUCUGUAUUUAUCGUCCUACUUUGUUUAUUCAUGUGAGGAAAAUGACAAAAACCCUUGAUAAUCUUUCAAUACCAGUCAAAGGAGUCGAUGGGAAGGAAAAUGGAUCAAAACCGGCAUUGGAUCCCUAUUGGAAGGAGGACAUAGAGUUUCUUGUGUAUAAAGCACCUCCACUGUCAAUAGAUGGGGCCAGUAUUGAAGAAUGGACAGAAAGGACUCUAGCUAUUAUUGAUGAUCUAGAAUGGCUGUUGAAACAACCACACAACAGAUUCUGGUCUCAGAUGGUGUUUGACCCAACCUUGCAACUGUGUAUUGACUCUUUCCUGACACAUGCCCCGAGAGGUGGCAAUUUUGGCCUGCUUUCUCCGAGCAACCAAGAGGUUCAACAGAAGCACCACAGACUUGUCUUCAUGGUAUGCCUCCGUACAGCAACACAUAAGGAAUCAAAGGACAGCCACAUCACUCCUGCUGUUUUUGGGAACAUUUUGUAUGAGAACUUCCUGUUCGAUAUCCCAAAAAUCAUGGACAUUUGUGCCUUAUAUGGCCAGAGUAAUCAGGGCCUCGUCACAAAAAUGGUAGAAAAUAUAUUUACCCAGCAGCCUCAGUACUGGGAAGAUUUAGAGGCGGUAAUACCAACCAUUCUACAGGUUUUUGACAACAUUCUCACUCAAUGUGGUAUCAAAGACGCAUCCUCCUCACCCCAGAAGAUAGAAGUGCCAUCUAUCAACAAGAAUGGCAUCAUAGGGGAGAAUCACCUUCAGGACAUUGUACACUACAUCCAGGAUACAACUAGUACUCUACUAGCAUACCUUGAGAUACAUACAGAGGCUAGUGUAAUGUUCCAUAGAGAAGGACUCCUUUUGAGAUUGUCUUCUUUCUAUGAUGCUGUUCUUCCAGUUAUCAAAGAGUCAGUUAACCAUAAAGACUUCAAAAAUAAAAGGUUACAAAUUGAGCUGCAGAGAUUACUAUGUAAGGCUAGGAUGGAUAUGACUAAACUCUAUCAUUUGGUGGUCGCAAAGGUCUACAUAGAACCUGUUCUUAGUCCCAGUGAUGGGGAAAAACUUGAGAAGACGAUUGAGGAAUAUCUGCAUGCAGUGACAUCAUUGCUCUCAGACAAAAGGUUUCUUAUAGACUAUGACAGACAGUACCCCAUACAAGAUGACCUGGAGAUCAUAUGUCAGUCACACUAUCAAAUAGAUGAGACCAGAGUUGAAUUUAUCAUGGAUGCCAUAUCAAAUGUGUACAUAAGUCAGAACAGGAGAAGGGAAGGAAAGGAAAAGAGAGUGAAGAGAAAGCAAGAAGAACAGGAAAGGAACAACCAGAUAAGGAGAAGGAACCAGGAAAGGAAGGAGCAGGAAGAAUUGGCUGCUCUAGCAGAAAAGGGUGUCCCAAAAACUAUGCCUGAGGCUGGUGCAACUGCUGGCCCUACCAUUGAUGGAAUACAACUUGAGUCACUCAUCUAUUCUGUUAAAGACCUCCUUCCUGACCUUGGGGAGGGAUUUAUUGAGAUUUGUCUUGAAGAGUACAACUAUGAUGUUGAAAGGGUCAUCAAUGGAGUCUUAGAAGAUAAAUUACUCCCCUCUCUCACUUGUUUAGAUCGAACAAUGCCUAGACAGGAGAAGGACCUUCUCACAGAGGAUGAGUCUGAAAGUCUCCUAACAGGACGACAGAACAUCUUUGAUAAUGAUGAAUUUGACAUCUUCAACAAAAAAGAUGUUGACAUGUCUCGAAUACAUAAAGGCAAAAAGGAUAAAAACUCUGAUAUGAAAAAUGUACUUGAAGACAAAAGUAUAAUUGACCACUUCAAACCAGUUUAUGACCAAUAUGGACACAUGGAUAUGAAAAGCGUUUAUGAUAAGGAACGUCCCAAUUCCCACAUGUAUGAUGAAGACUAUGAAGAUGAGUACGAUGAUACAUAUGAUCAGAACACUGUUGGUGCAGAUGACGAUGACUCUGCAGAUGAAUUGUCCAACAGAAGGAGGUUUGUGGUACCUAGAGCUCUCCAGCACUUGUACAAAGACAAUGAUAAUGAUGAUGAAGAAGAUGAGGAGAACCCUGUUACUCAUCAAGGAUAUAAUGAUAGGGGUAGGGACGCGAGAAAAGACCCAAUCCAUUUUAUAGAAGAUCCUGCCAAAGUAAGAGAGCGUCAGGAACAACGUCGAGCAGUGAUGCGGAGUAACAAAAAACCACCCCGUGAUGUUAAAGGUCAGGCAAAGGGCAAAGGUCAAACAGAAGAGGUCAAUAGGAACAGGCUAUUUAAAGACAAACAUAAAGCAACUCGUGCUAAUCAUAACAGGAAAGAAGGAGCUACCAGAAAGCAAGCAAAGGGAAUGAUGUAGAUAUAGGACUCAAUUUUUGUUGUGAAUUGUACAUUUGCAUUUUGUCCAUGAUGUGAUGCCUCUGCUUAACAUGUGAUUUUCAGUUUGGGAUGUGAUACCAGUUUAGUUUAUACAAUUCAUGGGAAAGGGAUACAAAAUUUCAAGCAUAAGCACAUCUAGUUCAAGAAAGAUGCGUAAUGAAGUCUAUCGUGAUAAAAAUACUGUAUAUUCUAUGUUAGAUAAAUAUACAUG